CGGCCUGCGGCAGAGCCUAGUCCCGGCGCGUAGGGCCCCUCGGGUGGCAGCGGCGGGGUACGGAGGCUCGUGCUUCGGGACCCUCUUGGCGAGCGCCGGGGGGGCCCCCCCGCCCUCCCCUGUCGACCGCUCCUCCCCUGGGUGGGUCCCCGCGCCUUUUCUGGCGGGGUCUAUUUGCAUAGAAGGAACUGCCCGCAGCGGCCGCUGCGUCUGAGCGGGCGGCUAGGGGGGCGUGCGCGAUCCGUGGUCGCCCGGACGCCGAACCCCGCAGCCGCCGACCUGGAGCCGUCCCGGGCCGCAGCGCCUACGCAGAGCCAGCCGGUCGCCAUGGGCGCGGGCGAGCGCGCGGGGGGCGGGGGAGGCGCGCAGGACCCCGGCCCGGGCUGUGGGGCGCGGGCGCUGGGCGCGCUGUGCCUGCUGCUGUCGGUGGGCUCUGCCGCCGCCUGUCUCCUGCUGGGCGCCCAGGCGGCCGCCCUGCACGGCCGAGUGGAGGCGCUGGAGCAGGAACGGGAGCUGCUGCGGCGUGCGGGGCCGUCCGGAUCCCUAGCCGCCUGGGCCGAAACGCACCUGGAGCGCCUGCUACGGGAGAAGUUGGAUGGAGUCGCCAAGCUCAGGACAGUUCGAGAAGCCCCCUCUGAGUGCAUCUGUCCCCCUGGUCCUCCUGGACGUCGUGGCAAGCCUGGACGAAGAGGCGACCCUGGUCCUCCAGGGCAAUCAGGACGAGAUGGCUACCCGGGACCUCUAGGUCUGGACGGCAAGCCAGGACUUCCAGGCCCCAAAGGGGAAAAGGGUGCACCGGGAGACUUUGGCCCGAGGGUAAGAAUGGAGCACCAACCCCCUCAUCCACUGCACAUGGGAGCCCAAGGGCAAGAUGGAGCUGCGGGACCACCCGGGCCUCCUGGACCACCUGGGGCCCGGGGCCCUCCUGGUGACACUGGGAAAGAUGGCCCCCGAGGAGCACAAGGCCCAGCGGGUCCCAGAGGAGAGCCGGGACAAGACGGCGAGAUGGGCCCCAAGGGACCUCCAGGACCCCAGGGAGAGCCUGGCAUUCCUGGAAAGAAGGGGGAUGAUGGGAUGCCCAGCCAGCCAGGACUCCCUGGACCCCCAGGGUCCAAGGGUGAGCCAGGAGAUGUGGGGCCCCAAGGAGAGAAUGGAGUGGACGGAGCUCCUGGACUGAAGGGGGAACCCGGUCACCCAGGCAUGGAUGGAGCCACAGGGCCUCGGGGUCCCCCAGGCCUCAAGGGAGAACAAGGUGACACAGUGGUAAUCGACUAUGACGGCAGGAUCUUAGAUGCCCUGAAGGGUCCUCCUGGACCACAGGGUCCUCAAGGUCCACCAGGGAUCCCUGGAGCCAAGGGCGAACUUGGAUUGCCUGGUGCUCCAGGAAUCGAUGGAGAGAAGGGUCCCAAAGGACCAAAAGGAGACCCGGGAGAGCCUGGGCCCACUGGGCCCAAAGGAGAAACAGGAGAAAUGGGCCUAUCAGGUCUUCCAGGUGCUGAUGGUCCCAAGGGAGAAAAAGGAGAGUCAGCGCCUGACCAUCUUCAGGAGAGCCUGGCCCAGAUCAUAGUGGAGCCAGGGCCCCCCGGUCCUCCUGGCCCUCCCGGCCCCACGGGCCUUCAGGGGAUCCAGGGUCCCAAGGGCCUGGAUGGAGCCAAGGGAGAAAAGGGUACAUCGGGUGAGAGAGGCCCUCCCGGCCUGCCUGGACCAGUUGGCCCACCAGGCCUUAUUGGGUUGCCAGGAACCAAAGGAGAGAAGGGCAGACCUGGAGAGCCAGGACUUGAUGGUUUCCCUGGACCCAGGGGAGAGAAGGGUGACCGAAGUGAACGUGGAGAAAAGGGGGAGCGAGGAGUUCCUGGCCGAAAAGGAGUGAAGGGCCAGAAGGGGGAGCCAGGCCCACCGGGCCUUGACCAGCCAUGCCCCGUGGGCCCCGACGGGUUGCCUGUGCCUGGUUGCUGGCAUAAGUGACCCUCAGACCUAGCUCCUGACCUGUACAGAUCCGUUUGGAUGUUUUUAACUCAUGUAAAAACAAAACAGUAAUAUAUUGAACUUUUUUUAUGGGAUGUGCCAACUGUGGCCGUGUAACAUUUGCAAGUGUGCCAACCAGCCCCUGGACAAUCUGCACAGGAAGCCGGCAGGAACGCAGACAGGCCGCUCCGGGGAAGCUUGUGUUUGAAGGCCCCUCAGCAGGGCCUCGCUUUCCCAGGGAAGACGACGAGGGUGAAAACGCCUGGCUCGGGUGAGGCUGGACAGACUCCAGGUUGGGCUUACAAUCACCUGAUUAUCAGAGACUUGCAACAACUGUUCCCUGAAACCCCACUGCCCCAGCUUCUCACUCUCCAACAGCACCCCCUUGGACAACUGCUGGACCCUCUUGCCUCUGGACUGUGCCGUAGGCAGCUGCACUUGGACCCUAUGUUCAACGGGGCAGGCAAAGAUUCCUAGUGUCCAGCACUUGGGGAGAAGGCAAUGGAAAGGACCCCAAGAAGGCCUUGCUCCACCCAAGUUCUUCAGUAGGCUUCCAGAAGCCACCCUGACACAGGAGCUUGUAUCCUCAGGCCUUGGGAAAUGGCAGGGUUCUGUGGAUACCUCGGUGUGCAGCCAGCUGCAGGCAGCCCCGGGAACCCUGACUGUAGGGUGAAGAGACUCAGACCCACUAGUUACUCCCAGUCUCCUUACUGCCUCACCCAGAGCAGGAACAGGAAGGGGCUUUGUCAGUCCCAGGGAGACAGGCCUCCUGUUCAGAACUUGUGUCUCAGGUCUCCCACCUAGACCUCUGGCCAGCCUGACAGAAACAGGCCUCCUAGUAAAUGGUACAGACACCAUGAACCUGAAGGCUGGUCCCCCCGACCCCACCCAGGCAAGCCUGAGCAAAACAUCUGUGACUGAAACCCCUGCCCUCUGUGGAAGGACUUGAACACCUCUAACGAAGGUUCCUAGCUCCUGCUCUAUCCACGGCUUCUCAUCUCUCCUUGUGUACCAUGAGUAAUAAACCACAAAUGUGUGUCUGGUGUGCCUGUCACUUGCAGACUUCCCUGGUCACCUCUGGCUGAGUUUCAUUCCAAUGGUUCUUUACUGGAGAGGCAAAGGGGCUCUCCCUGGGGGUCGGAGCCUUCCUCCAAACCAGAGGAUAUAUUCCGGGUAGGAGAUAGGAGGAGACAGGCUCAAGACCUGGACUCACACAUGCCAGCAGAAUUCUGAGACCGGUCACAUCCUGUUACUGAGCCUCUGUAUUCCCUUCUGUUGUGCUCAGCAAAGACACCCCAAUUUUGUUGCCUCCAAAUGUCCAUUCUCUCGGUUCUAAGGAUUCAGGGAUUUGUCUGAAUAGGUCUCACGUGGAUUCUCCCUCAUCUGUCAGCUAGGAUCCAAUGAUCAUGACACCUACCUACCUGUGACUUUUCUGCAUGGCCUGGGCUGCCUUACAGCCUGGCAGCAGGAUUCCUAGAAAGCUAUGUCACCUCAUAUGACCAAGCCUUCAAAGUCACAUACUGCCACUUCCUACCAGAGCCAGAGAUUCAGCCCAGUUGAAGAUAAACCCACCUCUCAAUGGGGAAAGUGUCAUUGUCGUGUUUAAAUGAGAAAAUAUGGGAAAUUAGAUUUUGCUGUAGCCCUCAAAAAUAAAAUAAAAUAAAAAUGGCUCUCUUGUAGCUCAGGCUAGCAUUGAACUCACUAUGUAGCUCAGGAUGACCUUAGAGUUCUGGCCCUACAGUCUCUACUCUCAAGUGCUGGAAUUAUAGUUGUACACCACCGUGUCUGACUUAUACAGUGCUGGGAUUCGAACCUAAGGCUUUAUGCCUGUUAGGCAAGGACUUAACCAAAAAAGCCACAAUCUUAGCCCUUGUUACAGCAUCUUAAAUAAUGCCACCCAAUCUGUAGCAUUGAGACAGUAAUGCUUAACAUUCCGGUGUGGUUCAGUAAGAUUCAGCUUUGUGGAAUAUACACAGAGAGCCUAGGGCAGGUCAGACGCCCCAAAGUGCCUGUGGUCGGCAGUCCUCGCUCUAUCUGCUCCAAGACCAAGCAGUAACCACAGUCCUGCAGAGUGGGCCCAUGCCUCCCUUUCCCUGUCCUUACAGCAACCUGAAGAAAGAUGCCCAACAAACGUGCCCAUUUUCAUAGAUGACAAAACCAAGCUCUUUCUCUGUGUGUAGAAAAAAAAAAAAAAAAAAACAGGAGUGGCAAUAACAGUGUCUCUGUCCCCCUUCCUCCAAGGGCAGAGAUCCAAGGAGGGCCACACUCCCCAAACCGGACACAUGCAUUCUUUGCUAAGCAAAGGCCCAGCCACACACAGGUGACGUCAAGUCCCUACCUCUGUCCCCCUGAGGAGUUGGCAAUAAACAGCAGACCAUGUUCUCUAGUAAACUGGGUCAAUUAGGAAACCAAGAAGAAAAGAAAGAAGAAGGAGGAAGAAGAGGAGGAGGAGGAGGAGGACGACGAGGACGAGGAGGAGGACGAGGACUAGGACGAGGACGAGGACGAAUAUAGUGGGCCAAGAUGACCAAGUGGCUCAUUGAUUGGUGUCAGUGCCUGCUUUGGAGCACAGCAUAGCCUCCCAAGCCCACCACAUCCCACAGUCAGCACUCCUCCUUCAUUCUAAGAACAACACCAUUUGAUCCCCUUGUCAGUCCUGUGAAGAAAGGGGCUGCGGGGGGAGGUAUCACCGUGUCCAUUAAAGGAAAUCUGAGGCUUGCAGUGGGUAGUCAUCUGCUCAGGGAUACACAGCCAGGAUAGAAUGACAGGCUUGGGAUUGAACCCGUGCUCUUGGAGGUCCCCUAAUUUUUCUUCAGAAUUGUUUAGCAACGCAUGGAAUCUGCGAGGCAGACCCCUGACAAUGGGUGGACAGCAAGUAGAGCUUUCUAGAGGAUGAAGCCACAAAGUUCUCCCUUUCACCUCUCAGGCUGGCUGCCCUGGGCCAUUCUUGGCCUGUUACUGCCCCCGUGUGGACUCAUACCUUGUAUCCUUCCUUGCAAAUGGACAUGCACGCCUGAAGUGAAGACAGAGAGAAUGUUCAAGGUCCCAAGUGAGACGCUGGGAAGUGACCUGCCUCACCAAGGAUCCUCAAGGACUGAGAGGCCUUGGUUCUCCCUACCACGAAGGUCUCCGUUGAGUCAAAUAACUCUGGAAGGGAGGAGUCUGUUUAUUGAGUCCUUGACUAUCCUGUGUUCCAUAGCCGCUAAAGAAACCAACAAGAUGACUGUCCCUGUGGACAGAUGGCUCCGAGGCUUGAGAGAAGCGACCUUACUAGAUUUCCUGUCCUUAAAGUAAGCUUUGAGUUGUCACAGGAUUGGGGGACACUCCUGGCACUCAGUGAACAGUCAAGGUUAGCACACACCUUAAAUCCAGGACACCGGACAUGCCCAGUGGUGAAGCUGCUCUCUGUGAUGCCAGCUGAGAAACCCCUGCUCUCCACUCAAGGGUUGGGCACGGGGAGUGCUUGCUUGCUGGUUGUGAAAGGGUCUCGAUACAUAACCUAGGCUGGGCCCAAAGUUGCCGUUUUUUGCCUCAGCUUCCCAAGUGCUGGGAUUACAGGCUUGCACCACCAUGCCCCCCACUGUAUCCAAGUCUUGUUCAGUCCCUUCCUCCUCUCAGCCUCUGCCCUCUCGGCCUCUGCCCUCUCGGCCUCCAGUGUUGCCUUGAAGAACAGAUGUCAGAAAAUGGAGAGAGGAUGGGGCCAAGGGCAAGAAGGACAGGCCAUUUCUGAAUAGGAAGAUGGGCUCCUUGGUAGGUUUAUGGUUAAAAACAUGAAACUCGGAUCAGUUUGGGAAGAUGGAAGGGCUCUAUGGCUGGGUGUUGGUGACAGGAUGCAACACUGAGAAUGUACUAAUGCAGCUGAAUUGUACCCUUCAAAAUGGCUCGUUUUUUAUGUAUAUUUUACCACAAUAAAAACAAACAAAACCCGCAA